GGGAGGGCGCGGGCGCGGGCGGCGGCGGCGGCCGGCGCGCUGCCCUUUGUGCCCCGCGGGCGCCCGCGCCCACCCGAGCCCGUGCCAUGCGCCCCGCGGGCGUGCGGGCGCCCCGGCCGCGCGCGGGGCCAUGGAGCCGGCCAUGAGGAAGUUCACGGUGCGCAGGUUCUUCUCCGUGUACCUGCGCCGGCGGUCGCGCUGCAGGAGCGCCAGCCUGGGCCGCCUGCAGGAGGAAGGCGUCGUGAAGGAGAUCCCCAUCAGCCACCAUGUGAAGGAGGGCGCGGAGAAGGCCGACCCGUCCCAGUUCGAACUCCUGAAAGUGCUGGGACAAGGCUCCUACGGCAAGGUGUUCCUCGUCCGGAAGGUGCGCGGCUCAGACGCGGGGCAGCUCUACGCCAUGAAGGUGCUGAAGAAGGCGACGCUGAAGGUCCGGGACCGGGUCAGGUCGAAGAUGGAGCGGGACAUUCUGGCCGAAGUGAGCCACCCCUUCAUCGUCAAGCUGCACUACGCCUUCCAGACGGAAGGGAAGCUCUACCUGAUCCUGGACUUCCUGCGCGGGGGGGACCUCUUCACCCGGCUCUCCAAGGAGGUGAUGUUCACGGAGGAGGACGUGAAGUUCUACCUGGCCGAGCUGGCCUUGGCCCUGGACCACCUGCACAGCCUGGGGAUCAUCUACAGGGACCUGAAGCCCGAGAACGUCCUGCUGGAUGAGGACGGCCACAUCCGGGUCACAGACUUCGGGCUGAGCAAGGAGGCGGUGGACCACGACAAGCGGGCCUACUCCUUCUGCGGGACCAUUGAGUACAUGGCGCCCGAGGUGGUCAGCCGGCGCGGGCAUACGCACACCGCGGACUGGUGGUCCUUCGGCGUGCUCAUGUUCGAGAUGCUCACGGGCUCCCUGCCGUUCCAGGGCAAGGACAGGAAGGAGACCAUGGCCCUCAUCCUCAAAGCCAAGCUGGGCAUGCCGCAGUUCCUGAGCGCGGAGGCACAGGGCCUGCUGAGGGCGCUCUUCAAGCGGAACCCGUGCAACCGGCUGGGAGCCGGCCUCGACGGUGUGGAGGAGCUGAAGCGUCACCCCUUCUUCGUCACCAUCGACUGGAAUAAACUGUACCGCAGAGAGGUCACGCCGCCCUUCAGGCCGGCCGUGGGCAGGCCUGAGGACACCUUCCACUUCGACCCCGAAUUCACAGCACGGACCCCCACAGACUCCCCGGGCGUGCCCCCCAGCGCCAACGCACACCAUCUGUUCCGAGGGUUCAGCUUCGUGGCCUCGAGCCUGGUCCAGGACCUGUCCCAGCAGGACGCACACCGGGCGGCCGUGCACCCCAUCGUGCAGCAGCUGCACGGGAACAACGUCCUCUUCACGGACGGCUACGAGGUGGGCGAGGACAUUGGCGUGGGCGCCUACUCCGUGUGCAAGCGCUGCGUGCACAAGGCCAGCGACGCCGAGUACGCGGUGAAGAUCAUCGACAAGAGCAAGAGAGACCCCUCGGAAGAGAUCGAGAUCCUGCUGAGGUACGGCCAGCACCCCAACAUCAUCACCCUCAAAGACGUCUACGACGACGGGCAGCGGGUGUACCUGGUGACCGAGCUGAUGCGCGGCGGCGAGCUGCUGGACCGCAUCCUGCGGCAGCGCUGCUUCUCGGAGCGCGAGGCCAGCGCCGUGCUCUGCACCAUCGCGCGCACCAUCCACUACCUGCACUCGCAGGGGGUGGUCCAUCGGGACCUGAAGCCCAGCAACAUCCUCUACAUGGACGAGUCCGGGAACCCCGAGUCCAUCCGCAUCUGCGACUUCGGGUUCGCCAAGCAGCUGCGGGCGGAGAACGGGCUGCUCAUGACGCCCUGCUACACGGCCAACUUCGUGGCCCCCGAGGUCCUCAAGCGGCAAGGCUACGACGCGGCCUGUGACAUCUGGAGCCUGGGGAUCCUGCUCUACACCAUGCUGGCGGGGGUCACACCUUUCGCCAACGGCCCCGAUGACACGGCUGAGGAGAUCUUGGCGCGGGUCAGCAAUGGGAAGUAUGCGCUGUCGGGGGGCAACUGGGACUCCAUAUCAGACGCAGCCAAGGACGUCGUGUCCAAGAUGCUCCACGUGGACCCGCAGCAGCGUCUGACGGCCCUGCAGGUCCUGCAGCACCCCUGGGUGGUGGACGCGGAGCAGCUGCCCCAGAGCCAGCUCAGCCGGCACGACGUGCACCUGGUCAAGGGCGCCAUGGCCGCCACCUACCUGGCCCUGAGCAGAAGCCCCCAGGCACCGCGGCUGCAGCCCGUGCAUGCGUCCAGCCUGGCCCGGCGCCGCGGCAUGAAGACGCUCACGUCCACCCGCCUGUAGCUGCCCA